AUGAUUGCUCAACGGACCACCUCGCUGCUCACCAUUGUCGCCAUUGUAGGCUUCGUCCUGGUCAUUUUCUCCAAGUCAUCAGGGACGAUCCAGUCAGAGAGUUCGGAACCAAGCGUCAAAUUCGGCCCUUCGCGGUAUAUUCCGAUUCCAUCAAAGAUUUCGUUCGAUGACCUGCGCCACCCUUUCCGCCCAGUCGCUCACAAGCCGCCAGAGCAAGACCAUAGCACAAGCGGCGAAUCGAAAUGGUACAGUGAUUGGCAAUGGCUGAAUCCAUUUUCGUCGUCCAUUACACUCGAUGAACAUCGCACCGUCCUUCCCCCCUUGCCAGCACGCCCGCCUAUAUACACUUUCUACGAACCGAACAAGGAUAACGAUGACGCGGAGCAAAAGGCAGAUAGCGAGCUCCUCCUCGCGUGGCGGCGCGCCUGGUAUGCAAAGGGCUUUCGACCAGUCGUCCUCAGUCGUGCGGAAGCCCUGAACAACGAUCUGUACCAAGAGUUCCAAUUGCGAAUGCAACAAUUGAAGCUUGACCCCGUCCUAGAGUUGGACUUUGUCAAGUGGCUCGCUUGGGGGAAUAUGGGCACUGGCUUGUUUGCCGAUUUGCGAUGCUUCCCAAUGGCUCGGUACGACGACAACACCUUCACCUUUCUCAGAACAGGCGCCCUACCAACUCAUAUCACGCGGUUUGAUAAGCUAGACAGAGCUUUAUUUGCAGGUGAAAAGACCGUGAUUAACGACGCGAUCAAGGCUGCCACGCAGGCUUUGGAUAAAUAUAAAGACAAACUCCCCUCAUCUAUUAUGAACCUAAUCCCAUCAGAACUUUUGAAAGUGGAGGCAACCAACGCACUGGCCUACUACCAUUCAAGUACCAUUACCAGCCUCUACCCUAAGCUCGCCGAGAUACAUGUCUCUUCGACGGCGUCUGGGCGGAUGACCUUGGUCGAGCUGAUCAAUGCCCAUCUUCACACAACCUUUCUCAACAGCUUUCCAUCGGGAAUCGCUGUUCUAAAACCGCUCCCAGAGCACACGACUGCAUUGAUCGAACCUGCAUUGAACCUAGCAAAGUCUCUUGUCAAGUGUCCUCCGUCCGAACUACCAUCCUGCCCACCCAACCGACCAAAUUGCCAGCUGUGCGAUCCAGCGUCUAAACCAGUUCCCAUUACGCAACCGCAAACCUUUAAGAAUCUUUCUACUGCCUAUACGAUUGGCGCAUUGCCGCAUCCCUAUACUUUGGUUAGCCUUCAGCAUUCUUCGGAAGAAGUGGAUGUCAAAUAUAUCCGGCGAGAGACUCAGCGCGACCCAUGGUUGUUAGAAGUGACCAAAGAGCUUCUUGGAGAAGAGCGCGGAGGCUCUUCGCGGGCAGUUGCUUUCAAGGAAGCAGUGGCUGGAGAUCCUUAUACCUGGCGAACUUUUUGGAUGACGGUGGAGACGUUUCCGGCCCAGCCAGGCCAGGAUCUGCCCCCGACAUUGUUGGAUGAAUUGGAAUGGUACUUUGGGUUUAAAAUCCCACGCGAUGCCAUCAAAAAGGUCGAGGACAAAAAGGUCGAAGAUAGCAAAAAGGCCGAGAAAGGCGACAAGAAGCCGGAAGACGCACAGAAAGAAGGAGACAAGAAGCCAGAAGUCAAGGAAGAUACGCCUCUGGAAAAAGAAUACAAGUUGAUUGGGAAAGCCCGUGAACUCCUCAGUGAUAAACAGGCAAGCCGCCUCAGUAUCCGCAACGUUGCAGAAGCCUGGAAUUUGGCUGACGUUGAGGUGUGGCGUUUUGUACAAGCAUACCGUGCACGCAGCGCGGUAGAAAGAGCACAAUUUGAACAGGAAGAGAAGAAUUUUGUUGGAGUCAAGAGUACCUAA